GAGUUACUGAGUCGUAAGCAUAGAAAGGAAGUUCUAGAUCCUAUAUAAAACAACCAACGUAGUGUCACAUAUUAGACCAUUUCUAAAUUGAUUGCAUCACAACUUAUCUUACAGAUUGCUGCUCAGUACUAAGUUUUAUCUACAAAUUGUGUGUUAUUUGACGGAUUAUUGUCAGCGCAGUUCACUUUAUCGUUUUAAAAACUAAAUAUCCUAUAUUGUUUAAAUCGGUUUUCAAUAUGACUCCAAAUAUACAAAGUUUUAUUAAUAGCUUCCAAAACCGUUUGGAACCACCGGUUCGUCAGCAUCUCAAAAAUGUUUAUGGAACACUUAUGAUGACCUGUGGAGCAGCUUCGGCUGGUGUAUACAUAGAUAUGUAUACAAGAUUCCAGGCUGGUCUGCUGUCUGCUCUGGUCGGCGUUGGUCUUAUGUUGAUGUUGAUUGCUACCCCAGAUAAUGGAAAAAAUACAAAUUUGCGACUUGGUUAUCUUCUAGGUUUUGGCUUAACAUCAGGUAUGGGCUUGGGUCCACUUUUGGACUACGUGAGCAUUGUAGAUCCGUCUAUUAUUGUAACAGCUCUGCUAGGCACAACAGUUGUGUUUGUAUGCUUCUCAAUUGCUGCUAUGCUGGCUGAACGAGGCAGCUGGCUGUUCCUGGGUGGCACACUUAUGACAUUACUUUCUUCUAUGUCAUUGAUGGCUUUGGUUAAUAUUUUCAUGCAGAAUCACUUCCUUUAUCAAGCUCACCUCUAUCUGGGAUUAAUUCUUAUGUGUGGUUUUGUUCUGUUUGAUACCCAACUUAUCAUUGAGAAACGUAGAAUGGGUAACAAGGACUUUGUGCAACACGCCCUGGAGUUGUUUAUUGACUUCAUUGGAAUGCUACGAAGACUUCUUAUUAUCUUAACACAGAAGGAAAAAGAAAACCGUCGCUCCAAACGUGAAUAAAUAUUUAUUACUCUAGGUUUUAAGUUGUUUAAAUUGACACUGUAUCUUAUAACUCUUUUAUUUUAUUUUUGCAUUGUGUUCAGAAAUUUAUAAAUUUCAUAAAAUGGAAUAAAUUGAAAAAAAUAUAA